AUGCGUGCCGCCUUCGCCAUCGUCACCCUGCUUGCCGCCGGCGCCUCGGCCUUCUUUGACGGCCCCUGCACCGACACCGAGUGCGCCGCACCCAACCAGCCCACUCUCAACUGCGAGGAGAACGGCAUGGUCUGCGUGCCCUUCCCCGUCGUCUCCGUCGAGGGACGCAAGGGUUGCGCCUGUAGCGUCGCAUAA